CUUUCUUGAGUUCUUCCGCUUUGUGUGCUUUGCUGCUUUAUCAAGUUAUUGAAUUUGUGAUCUAAGUGACGGUAGUAAGGUUUGGUCUUGGUGUUUUCUUUCAGUAUGACUUAAAGCUACAAAGAUUGGUGAUAUUGUUGGAGACAAGAUACUUGGGUGUUGGUGUUAGUGUUGUUUUUGUUGGCAUUUGCAAAUCUUGAGUAGGGAAUUAACGAUGGCGAUGUCCUGCAAGGAUGGUAAACCAGGGAGCUUAGACAAUGGAAAGUAUGUAAGGUAUACACCGGAGCAGGUUGAGGCUCUUGAGAGGCUCUAUCAUGACUGCCCCAAGCCCAGUUCAAUUCGCCGCCAACAGUUGAUUAGGGAGUGCCCCAUCCUCUCCAACAUCGAGCCUAAACAGAUCAAAGUUUGGUUCCAAAACAGAAGAUGUAGGGAGAAACAGAGGAAGGAAGCAUCACGUCUUCAGGCUGUGAAUAGAAAGCUGACGGCUAUGAACAAGCUGUUAAUGGAAGAGAAUGAUAGGUUGCAGAAGCAGGUGUCACAACUAGUGUAUGAAAAUGGCUACUUUCGCCAACACACCCAGAAUGCAACGCUUGCAACCAAAGAUGCAAGCUGUGAAUCGGUGGUUACGAGCGGUCAACACCACCUGACACCUCAGCAUCCUCCGAGGGAUGGUAGUCCUGCAGGACUUUUGUCCAUUGCUGAAGAGACUUUAGCAGAGUUUCUUUCAAAGGCCACUGGAACCGCUGUGGAGUGGGUCCAAAUGCCUGGAAUGAAGCCUGGUCCGGAUUCCAUUGGAAUCGUUGCUAUUUCUCAUGGUUGCACUGGCGUGGCAGCACGUGCCUGUGGCCUUGUGGGUCUAGAGCCUACAAGGGUUGCAGAAAUCCUCAAGGAUCGCCCUUCGUGGUUUCGCGAUUGCCGAGCUGUGGAUGUUCUAAAUGUGUUGCCUACUGCUAAUGGUGGAACCAUUGAGCUGCUAUACAUGCAGCUUUAUGCGCCAACAACAUUGGCGCCUGGUCGUGACUUCUGGUUGUUGCGCUACACUUCAGUUCUGGAAGAUGGCAGUCUUGUGGUUUGUGAGAGGUCACUUAAAAAUACUCAGAAUGGCCCUACCAUGCCAUCAGUGCAGCAUUUUGUGAGAGCAGAAAUGUUGCCAAGUGGAUAUUUAAUACGACCUUGUGAAGGAGGUGGUUCAAUAAUACACAUUGUUGAUCAUAUGGAUUUAGAGCCAUGGAGUGUACCUGAAGUGUUGCGCCCACUGUACGAAUCAUCAACUGUCCUUGCUCAGAAGACAACGAUGGCGGCUCUACGCCAAUUAAGGCAGAUAGCGCAGGAGGUCUCUCAGUCUAAUGUUCCGGCCUGGGGGAGACGACCAGCAGCUCUUCGAGCACUUAGCCAGAGGUUGAGCAGGGGAUUCAAUGAGGCUGUCAAUGGGUUUACUGAUGAGGGGUGGUCAACGAUGGGAAAUGAUGGCAUGGAUGAUGUUACUAUCCUUGUGAAUUCAUCUCCUGAUAAGCUAAUGAGCUUGAAUCUUUCUUUUGGCAAUGGUUUUCCAUCUGUCAGCAAUGCAGUUUUAUCUGCCAAGGCAUCAAUGCUUUUACAGAAUGUGCCUCCAGCCAUUCUUCUUCGGUUUUUGCGUGAGCACAGAUCUGAAUGGGCUGAUAAUAGCAUUGAUGCUUACUCAGCAGCAGCAAUUAAAGUUGGCCCCUGUAGCUUACCAGGGUCUCGAGUGGGAGGUUUUGGUGGUCAAGUAAUACUUCCCCUGGCUCACACUAUUGAGCAUGAAGAGUUCUUAGAGGUCAUUAAGUUGGAAGGAGUUGGGCACUCACCUGAAGACACAAUGAUGCCUAGAGACAUAUAUCUCUUGCAACUAUGCAGUGGGAUGGAUGAGAAUGCUGUGGGCACCUGUGCUGAACUUAUAUUUGCUCCUAUUGAUGCAUCCUUAGCUGAUGAUGCACCACUUCUGCCUUCUGGUUUUCGUAUCAUUCCUCUUGAUUCUGGGAAGGAGGCCUCCAGUCCAAAUCGCACCCUGGACCUUGCUUCUGCUCUUGAGAUUGGGCCAGCGGGAAAUAAAGCAUCUAAUGAUUACCCUUCUAAUUCUGGCUGUAUGAGGUCUGUGAUGACUAUAGCAUUUGAAUUUGCAUUUGAGAGCCAUAUGCAGGAACAUGUGGCAUCAAUGGCUCGGCAAUAUGUCCGCAGCAUUAUAUCAUCUGUUCAGAGGGUCGCAUUAGCACUUUCUCCUUCUCAUUUAAGUUCACAUGCUGGGCUCCGGACUCCACUUGGCACACCUGAAGCACAGACACUUACUCGUUGGAUCUGCCAGAGUUAUAGGUGCUACAUGGGUGUGGAGCUGCUGAAAUCCAGCAGUGAAGGGAGUGAAUCCAUCCUCAAGACACUGUGGCAUCACUCAGAUGCUAUCAUGUGCUGCUCUAUGAAGGCAUUACCUGUUUUUACUUUUGCAAACCAGGCGGGGCUUGAUAUGCUGGAAACGACCUUGAUUGCACUGCAAGACAUAACCCUGGAGAAGAUAUUUGAUGACCAUGGACGAAAGAAUCUCUGCACUGAAUUCCCACAAAUAAUGCAACAGGGCUUUGCUUGUCUUCAAGGUGGUAUCUGCUUAUCAAGCAUGGGAAGGCCAGUUUCAUACGAGAGAGCAGUAGCUUGGAAGGUGCUGAAUGAAGAAGAGAAUGCUCACUGCAUCUGUUUUAUGUUCGUGAAUUGGUCUUUUGUUUGAAACCCAAGGAGAGGGCAAAGUAGAAUGAAACCCAAACUAAAAAAGCUAUCAAGUUAAUAUUUUGUUGUCAUGUUUAUCGUUGUUGACUAUGAAAACUGCAUAACACUCUGGCUGUUUUAAUUUUCCUUUCAUCCUAUGUACUCACAAGACUAUGUUAUGUGGCUUGAAUCUCAGUACUCUGAUGUGUUGGUAGAUUUUUAUUGCAUUCAAGAAACCAUAAUGCAAGGCACAUUCUACUUGCUGGUUUGCUCUUUGUAAUUAAUGAACAUCCAGGUCAUGG